AGCCUGGCAGCUUCUCUCAGAUCUGGGACGACCAUUUCCUCCUUCAGCCAGGGAGGCCACUCGGGUUACGAGUUCAGGACUGUAGGAACUGGGAGGAGACUGCUAGUCGGGGAGGCCUUCUUACAAGCCGGAGACCCUAGCCUGGUGGGGGCUCUACCCUCUCCCCUUCCCCACUUCAGAGGCCCUGCUGGACCCUCAGCUCCUCCUCGGACUUCGUGGGCCUUGCUGAACUCAGGGUCUUGGUCGUGAGAGGUCCGCCAUGUCGGCACCCCGGCUGCUCACGGUGCAGCUGCUGUUGCUCUUGCUGGACGCUUGGUGGGCGCGCGCAGCCGCCCCGCGCUGCACCUACACCUUCGUGCUGCCCCCGCAGAAGUUCACAGGCGCCGUGUGCUGGAGCGGGCCGGCGGCUCCGCGCCCGACUCCGGAGGCCGUGAACGCCAGCGAUGUGGCGGCGCUGCGCGUGCGAGUGGGCCGUCACGAGGAGCUGCUGCGCGAACUUCAGCGGCUGGCGACGGCCGACGGCGCUGUAGCCGGCGAGGUGCGUGCGCUGCGCAAGGAGAGCCGUGGCCUGAGCGCGCGUCUGGGCCAGCUGCGCGCGCAGCUGCAGCACGAGGCGGGCCCGGGGGCGGGGCUAGGCCUGGGGGCGGAGCCUGCCGCCGCGCUGGCGCUGCUUGGGGAGCGCGUGCUCAACGCCUCGGCCGAGGCGCAGCGCGCCGCCGCCCGCUUCCACCAGCUGGACGUCAAGUUCCGCGAGCUGGCACAGCUGGUCAGCCAGCAGAGUGGCCUCAUCUCCCGCCUGGAACGCCUGUGCCCGGGGAGUGCGGGCGGGCAGCAGCAGGUCCUGCCACCACCCCUGGUGCCUGUGGUUCCAGUCAGUCUGGUAGGUGGCACCAAUGACACCAGCAGAAGGCUGAACUCAGCCCCAGAAUCCCAGAGAGACCAGACCCUGAGACAGCAGGGGCCCUUGGCCUCUCCUGUGCCCUCAGGGCACCCUGCUGUCCCUACCAAGCCAGCAGGCCCAUGGCGGGACUGUGCAGAGGCCCGCCAGGCAGGCCAUGGACGGAGCGGAGUGUAUGAGCUACGAGUGGGCCGGCAUGUGAUGUCAGCGUGGUGUGAGCAACAGCUGGAGGGUGGAGGCUGGACCGUGAUCCAGAGGCGGCAAGAUGGCUCCGUCAACUUCUUCACCACCUGGCAGCACUACAAGGCGGGCUUUGGGCAGCCUGAUGGGGAAUACUGGCUGGGCCUUGAACCUGUGCAUCAGCUGACCAGCCAUGGGGACCAUGAGCUACUGGUGCUCCUCGAGGACUGGGGAGGCCGCGGGGCACGUGCCCACUAUGAUGGUUUUUCCCUGGAGCCUGAGAGUGACCACUACCGCCUGCGGCUUGGCCAUUACCAUGGAGAUGCUGGAGACUCUCUAUCCUGGCACAAUGACAAGCCUUUCAGCACCGUGGAUAGGGACCGAGACUCCUAUUCUGGUAACUGCGCCCUGUACCAGCGGGGAGGCUGGUGGUACCAUGCCUGUGCCCACUCCAACCUCAAUGGUGUGUGGCAUCGUGGUGGCCACUACCGUAGCCGUUACCAGGACGGCGUUUACUGGGCCGAGUUUCGUGGUGGGGCUUACUCUCUUAAGAAGGCUGCCAUGCUGAUCAGGCCCCUGAGGCUGUGACCAUCUGUUCAUCUGUCCCCCAGGUCACAGGGGAUGUGUGUCAGCAGGAGCCCAAGUUGUCCUGGCCACACCUCCUUUGUGACUCAGUGUGGGCUGUGUCCCACAGACCUCUUCUCCUUGUGGAUCUGCUCCCCAGGACCCUGAAAACAGCACCCAGGAAUCCCCCUGCCAAUAUCUUGGACCCAGACGGCUCCCCAAGGGCAUUUAGAUCUCCGUUUGAGCUCAUAUUUUAUAACAACACAAAA